AUGGGUAUUGGUCGAAUGCGUCGAGUGCAACAAUGGUUAUUGUUUGCUCGCCAAUGGCAUCUUGUAGACGCUACCGGCCAGGAUGUUUGGUUACUUGGCAAGAAGGUUGCAAAUUUUUUAGCUGGUAAGCAUAAACCGAUUUACCAUCCAUUUACCGAUUGUGGUGAUCAUGUUGUGGUUAUAAAUUGUAAGAAUGUUGCAAUGCAUGGUUUCAAUUGGAAAAAUCAACGGUUUUUCUUUGAUAAAGAAAUGCCGAAAUCAAAGGUUGAAUAUCCAGCUUGGCAAAUUCAGGAUUUCGAUCCGUGCAGAAUAAUGCAUAUGACGGUGUAUAAAGGUCUUGAUCAUAAUCAACUCCGUAAACGAUUAAUCGAAAGAUUGCAUCUGUUUGCGGAUGAUCAGAUCCCAACUUUUGUGCGAAAAAACAUCGGGAAUCAGAUGGAGCAAGUGCAGCGUGUUGCGAAACGAUCCGAUGAAUAUACAGCGGAAGAAAGAGCGAAAUUUCCAAGACUCUUUAAAUUUGGGGAGAACCAUUUCAUUGAUUGGGAACGACCAGUAGAAGAUCCUGGCCAGUGGACCGGAAAAGAUAGAUCUCCGUUCAAUCCUUAUUAUCAGAACAAAUCAUGA